AUGGCCGACACCGGUGGCUGGAGCACUAUUGAGUCCGACGAGGGCCUAUUUACCUCCCUCGUCGAGACCCUCGGGGUACAAAAUGUCCAAUUCGAAGAGCUCAUCUCCCUAGAUGCAGACACAAUACGGUCCCUCGGAUCAGUCUACGGUGUAAUCUUCCUUUUCAAAUGGACCCGUGAAGCAGCCGGUGCACGCGCAGAAGCCCCCCUCGAUGGCAGCUACGACCCAACAGCUGCAGAAAACAACGUCUUCUUCGCGGCCCAAACGAUCCAAAACGCCUGCGGCACGCAAGCCAUCCUCUCCGUAAUCCUCAACCACGACAACCCCCCACAACCCCUCCCCCCAAUCACCCUCGGCAACGAGCUACACUCCUUCAAAGAAUUCACAACGGGGUUUCCACCCGAACUCCGCGGCGAAGCCCUCUCCAACUCCGAAGCAAUCCGCACCGCACACAACACCUUCGCUCGCGCGAGCCCAUUCGCCGACGAAACCGCCCGCCCUCAGGACGAAGAGAAUGCCGCGGAUGUGUAUCACUUUAUUGCGUACACGCCCGUUAAUGGCACGCUGUACGAGCUAGACGGUCUGCAACCACAUCCCAUCAGCCACGGCGCGUGCGACCCGUCCACGUUCCCGGAGAGAGUGAUCGAGGUGUUGCAGCGGCGUAUUGCGCGGUAUCCGCCUGAGGAGACGCAUUUCAAUCUUAUGGCAGUUGUGCAGGACCCGCGGCCGCGGGCGCGGGAGAUUGGGGAUGUGGAGACGUUGGAGCGUGAGGAGCGGAAGAGGGCUGCUUGGGCUUGGGAGAAUACGUUGCGUCGGUGGAACUUUGUUGGGUUUAUUGGGGAGAUGAUGAAAGGGGUUGUUGGGAUGAAGGAGGGGCAGGAUGGCAGUGGGAAGGCGUAUGAGGAGUGGGUUGAUGCGGCGAAGAAGGCGACGAGGAAGAAGUUGGAGAUGCGGCGAUAA